AUGUCGACGCUGAUCGAAUUCGGGCAGAGCGUCGUCAAGGCGGCCAGCCUCGAGAAGAAGUUCGACAUCGAUUCCGUCGACAGAUUAAAAUACCGCUACACAAAUUGGAUGAUCAUCGGCGCGUCGGUGUUCAUCUUCGGCAAGAAUUACGUGGGCGAGUCGGUGAAUUGCUGGGCGAAUAAUGAGAUAUUGGGCGCCUGGGAAGAAUAUAUCGAAACCUAUUGCCUAAUCGAAAACACGUAUUUUGUGCCGAUGAAUGACAGCAAUUUACCCGUGCAGGGGCAAAGACAAACGCACGAAAUGGUGUACUAUCAAUGGGUACCAUUUAUAUUACUUGGAAUGAGCCUUUUUCUCUAUCUACCCAGAUAUCUAUGGACAUCAAUGCAAAAACGGCUAGGGCUCGAUCUCCCCAGCAUUACCGAUAAUCUACGGAAAUCAGCCUCGAAACUUGGCGAUGAGGGAGUGGAAAAAUUUCGCCUACAACUCCCCGAAAUGGCUGAUAAAUAUGGAGAUCGAUUCGGGAAACGACUCGCCUCGGCUUUGUUGAUCACAAAGGUUCUGUCGAUUGUGGUGAUCGUCAGCGAGUUGGUGUUGUUGAAUACGGUGCUCGGUUCGGAGUACCAUUUCUGGGGUUUCGGUGUGUUGAUGGAUCUGUUAAAUGGAAGGGAAUGGCAUACGAGUGGACAUUUUCCAAGGGUGACGUUUUGCGACGUCGAGGUGCGCCAAAUGGGGGGUAUCAUCCAGAAUUGGACAUUCCAAUGUGUUUUGCAUGUGAACAUGUUCAACGAGAAGAUUUUCAUCUUCUUGUGGUGGUGGAUGAUGUUCCUCUUGGUCGUCUCUCUGUCAAACCUCCUCUCCUGGAUUGUGCGCGUCACCAACGGGGACGGCAAUAUCGGCUUUGUCAAGGAGAUUUUGAGUUAUAACGACGUGUCGGACAGCGACAAUGACAAGAAUAUGGUCACCGAAUUUGUGCACGACGUGCUGAAGAGUGACGGCUGUUUGGUGCUUCGGCUUAUCGCCGAGAACGCUACCACUUUUAAGGCAGCCGAGUAUGUGAAGCCGUUCUGGGAUAAAUACCGACGAACGCACAGCCCAAGCAUCUCCGAUGACAUGCCAAAGCCGAAACUCGUCGAAAGCGAACUA